AUGCAUCCGGACUCUGCCGCCGGCUACCCGUCCCCAAAAGGUCCAGGUGGAACACUACGCGACUCUUGUCCUGUCUCCGAGUCCGAGAACGGCAGUCCAAACGACCACAACUGCUUGCAAGGCGGAAAUCCCGGUCUGGUUUACCUCUUCAGCGCCGGAUUAGGUCCAACGAUGCGCUGCCGUUCCGAAUCCUGGACCCAGGCUCGACUCGGCUCCUGCGGCGACCGCGGCCUGUGUUGUGCUGCUAGCAUCGUGCUCCAACAUCCAGCCCAGGUUGUACAGCCGCCCGUCCCUAUCACCAAGGGUCUCAGCCUAGAAGCGCGCAAGAAUUGCGUCCAGGCGGGUUUCCUAGGCGGCGUGUCGAAGACGAUGCGAGACCGCCCAGUCAGGGAGCGAUUCGACCCAGCUCAGGUUCCGCGGCUGUACCAUCGGACGUCCGACCACGCCUGCAUGGCGUGCCUUGCUUCGUCCCUCUAG